CGCCGCAAGGCUUGCAGCAAGGCUCAGGUAAGACCUGGAGAUAUGGACCACCAACAUUUUUCAAUGCUUGAUAGCAAGGGAAUCCUCAUAUAAACUCGCUGCGAGUUGCGAGUUGCGAGUUGUCUCGAACCUGGCCCUCUAAUCUAGAAUACUAGAGCCUCGAUAAUUUUCAACUCCCUUGUACUUGAGAUUGCUCGCCCUCUAUUCAUAUUCUGGAAUCUUUGAUUGAGCUAAGCUUCCUAAUCCUUACCCUUCCUGACACCUUUACCGUACAUACGCAAUGAACAAUGCCACUGUUUACCUUGGAGUGUGGACGAACUGGUCUAAUGGAGGACUUAUGGGUGCAACUCUUACAACGACUCGGAAACUAGGCGAUCUCUUGAUUGCUUUUACUGCUUUCCUCAUACCUUAUGUCGCUUCUCGAUUCUGGCGCAUCUUCUGUCUUAUUGUCCAUCGCUAUUACUCGACAGCUGAUCACCGUGACGCCGUUCACCACCAACGACAAAUUAUUCUCCGCAAUUCUUCUUCGCCCGAGGUAGGGCUUGUUUCACUUUUCAACAUCUUCUUCGCAUGGUGGACCUCACAACAACCGACAGGAAAGACACACAAACGUCUUUCUCGUCUACUUCCCACCGCUCUCUUCGCCAUUUGUUGCAUCUCUGCUUUCACGGUCGCCGGUGGCUUAUCGGCGCAAAUUUCUACAGCUCGGGGCGACGUCGUGUUACUUAAGGGCUCUCAAUGUGGGAUUGGGUCCCCUCCAAAUGACACCUCUAGCCAAUCUGACUAUUAUUCAACGAUGUCCGAAAGUCUCAAGGACGCAGCGAACUACGCACAUGGCUAUUUGGAUAGUAAUAAUGACCUCGGAAUGAACACUCCGGCAUCCGAAAGGUUGAGAAUGCGAUACGUGCUUCAGUGCUCACCACUUGUGACGGAGGGCUUCACUUCUGAAUUCGUUACUCCGGAAGAUAAUAUGACUUGGGUGAGGUAUAAUUAUGGAGAGUGGGCGGCAGUUGAUGCCAAUAAUGAUACCGUGGCGAACUACACGUUUGAUGUCCCGAAUCUCGACGCUCAAUAUGCAUUCUUGCACAACGCACCCCAGUUUCGAGCAGGCGGCAAUUAUGGUUUGAAUUACAGAUUGAGUGCUACAACGUCCAAGACAGUAGCAGGAAGCGCCGUGGCGGCACUUUCGGACUUCAUGCCAAUACCCCAGCUUUUCCGACCCGAUGGAGAUGUAUCCAUCAUGCUGCUUUCCGGAAACGGUGUUCUGUUCUACGGACAAGAAAUGGAUGAUGACUGGUAUCGGGGAACUGUGCCGGGGACUGUUAUGUCUUCUGCUGAAAACGCUUCAACGAUGAUGAUGGAGGGCUAUUUACCUCAGGAAGCCGGAAGCCCGCUUGGGUGUUUGACCAUAGAACGCUGGCAGUGGUGCAACGGUGACAAAUGCGGACCUCUAGCAAGUGCAUGGGACUCCUUUGCAGGUGCAGCUCCGCUAUUCAACAUGACAGCAGAGGACUUUGAUCCCAAUGCUAUCGAUCGACCACUGUCCAACUCAACUAUCGGCACUCUCCUCACUUGGUCAUUUUUAACGCAAGUAGAAGCAUUCCCCGACGUUUCCUCCAUCGUUCGGGAGCUCAGAGCUGAGUCGCUGGCCUCUCAAUCGCUGCUUCAAGAUGCGUUUCAACUCCCUAUUCCGUUGAACCAAUGGCAGCUCGACGUUACCAAUUGGUUCAACAUCGUCUUGGCUGUGUGGCAAUCCACGUUCGUCACUACGGCGGUGGGAAACUCAGACCCGGUUCUAGAGCAAUCACAAUUCACUCCUCAAAACGCAGCGGAACGCAAAUAUUGCAAUAGCCAGAAAAUCCGCAGCACAACCUACGCCUCCUUCUCCCUCUUCGGCCUCCUCUUCACCUACAUAAUCACCAUCCUCAUAAUCCUCACCUCCUUCAUCCUCGAGCCCAUCUUCAGCCUCCUCCAGCGCCGGCGCAAAUACGAAGAAUACGCGCGCCUAGAAUGGGUUACGAACGAGACGCUGCAAUUGCAUCGCUUGACGCAGGAAGAGCUCAAUCUAGGGACCUGGCACGGCUGCACGGAUCUCGUGCCUACGACGGAGGUCGGCGAGGUGAUGGCGGGGCUUGAUAUUGCGGAUUUGGAACAUCCGGUGCUGAGGCGGCCGGGGGAGGAGGGGGAGAAGAAGAAGAGGGAGGGCGGGGAGAUUGAGCAUGUUAAUUCGGGGUCGGAUCAGGGGUUGGUGCAGCAUAAUACUGAAUCGACGACUGUUGGCAGUGAUCAGGUUUCAUUGGUUUCGGAUGAGGGUGAAGAUGAGAUGAGGAUUUUGCCGAUGAGGGUUAAUGGGCAGGAUGAGAAUUUUGCGCCUGAUAAGAAGAGAGUUGACGUUGCUGAGGUGGAAGUUGAUGAUAGGAGUGAAUGAUAGCUGAAUG